AUUCCAAAAGGAAAUCUUCUUCAGCUAAAAAUGGGGAAGGAAUUGGCGCCCAGAUAGAUCUUCUGUGAAAGCAUUUAAGUCGCCGACUCCAAUCUCCAGAGCCAGUUAUUACUCUGUAUCGAUCUAUUAGGGUUCAGAUGGGUAGGAAAAAGGAAUCUAGGGGCGAGGAAGAUGAGAUUAACGAUGCGCCAUCUUGUGAGAGAAGCCUUUACGAGGUUAUUGGAGUUGAAAGAACAGCUACUCCACAGGAAAUUAGGAAAGCAUAUCAUAAAUUGGCAUUACGGCUUCACCCUGAUAAAAACCAGGAUGAUGAGGAAGCUAAAGAGAAAUUCCAGCAGUUGCAAAAAGUGAUGUCGAUUCUUGGGGAUGAAGAGAAAAGGGCAGUCUAUGAUCAAACUGGCUCAUUUGAUGAUGCUGAUCUUUCUGGCGAUGCAUUUGAGAACUUGCGGGAUUUCUUCCAGGCCAUGUACAAGAAGGUCACUGAAGCAGAUAUUGAAGAGUUUGAGGCAAACUACAGGGGUUCUGAGUCAGAGAAGAAAGACCUGAUUGAGCUGUUCAGCAAGUUUAAGGGUAAAAUGAACAGGCUAUUCUGCUCAAUGCUUUGCUCGGACCCCAAGCUUGAUUCACAUCGUUUCAAAGACAUUCUUGAUGAGGCCAUUGCAGCAGGAGAAGUGAAAUCAAGCAAGGCAUAUGAGAAAUGGGCAAAGAAAAUUUCAGAAACGAAGCCGCCCACCAAUCCAACCAGGAAGAGGCAGAAGUCAGCAAAAGAUUCAGAGACAGAUCUUGCCUUGUUGAUUUCGCAGCGAAUGGAUGAGAGGAAAGGGAAGGUGGAUUCGAUGUUCUCAUCACUCAUCUCUAGGUAUGGUGGUGAUGCUGAAGCAGAGCCCACUGAAGAAGAAUUUGAAGCUGCCAAGAGAAGGAUUGAGAGCCGGAGAUCAUCCAAGAAGUCGAAAGGAAAGGAAAGGUCAUAAAACAGAGUUGUUUCCUAGUACUGUGCUUGCCAUUGGAGAAGAAUGUGUUUUAAAAAUUGGAGUCGGUAUUCAUCACUGGAAGUCUGGAACAAAUGUCUUCAGGCAGACUUAAUAUAGUUAAUUUUGUCUGUUGAUUUUGACGAUCUUUAUAAGAAAAAUGAUUCAGACCUAUUAAUUAUUAGGAUUUAUAUAAAAGAUUCU